GAGCUGCGUGUUUGUGUCUGUGUGCGUAUGCAUAUGUGUCUGUGUCUCUCUCUGUGUGUGUACGUAAGCGUGUGUGUAUGGUUGAAGCAGAUGAAGCUGCCGCUGCACCCUGACAGAAAUGUUUCCAUUUAUUCGAUGGAGAUGAAGUGAAGAACCUCUGACCUCUGAUCUCUGACCUGCAGGAACAUGGGGAGUGUGUGACAGCUGCAGUAAGUGUGAAGAUGCAGCACACGUCGUGCACAGAGGAUCGGAUCCAGCACGCUUUGGAUCGCUGCCUUGACGGACUCCGAUCAUCUGAGAACCUCUCUCAGUCCUGGAACACCGGAUGGUGUAUGAAUCGCUGGAGUUUGGAGGAACUCCUGAAGAGAGAUCCGGAGAACUUCCUCAUCCUCCUCCAGCAGAUUCUCAAGAGAGCAAGACAGGUGCAGGAGGCGUGUGAAUAUGAAUUGGUUGCUCCUCUCACCAUCAUUUUUGAGUCCACACUUCUACAGACUCCGUACUGUCCAGUCGAGUGUAACCUCCUGGCCGAAGCACGUGAAGUGUUCCAUGGCUUCCUGACGUGGCCCGAGCCCUACAGCAGCAUGUGUCGCGGUGUGCUUACCACCAUACAGCAGGAGCUGAGGGCGCCAGGGAUUUCGUACCACCAGUUGGUGAAAGAGGAACAGGGCAUCAGUGCUGAGCGUCAGAGCGGAAAAACCAUAACGCUGUUGCUCCUGAACCCGGCGGACGUCCCUCAGAACUUUCUGUCUGUGGUUCAGCAGCUGAGCUCCAUUGACGUGUCUCAGAGAGAGAUCAGGACUAAUCUCAUUAAACACGCCUUCCAGUGCAGCCUGGGCACGAAAUAUCACACACACACUCUACAGCACACACUGCAGUCUCUGAGUGAUGAUGUACUGUCCCACACACUGUCGUGUGUAUCGGCUGUCCUGGAGACCGCAGCCGCCAUGACGGACACCGGCGAGGCUCGAGCUCACGUCCUGAGAGGUCUGGAGGAAUUACGGGAAAAACUCAAUAUCCCAGCAUGCAACACUGCGACAUCCAACGGUGCGCUGCAGUUUCUGAGGUUACCCACGGCUAAGUGCCACACCAUCCUCUGGGACGCUGAUAAUUUCGAUGCUGUGAGGGAGUUCCUGGAGAACGAGCCUGAGCUGUCCUCGCUGUUCUCCGAGGGACAGGCGGACGAGGACGACAUCGAUGAGGAGGACGCCGACGUAGAAGAGGAGGAAGACGAGGAGGUGGAGAUGGAGCGAUACGGGACAGAUGACUGCCUGGACCCGCGAGCAUCCAUGUUCUCCACCACGUCCUCCCUGUCCACCGCGUCCAAGGACUCCAUGUUUUCCACAUCAUCCGAUUUCUCUCCGGUCUCCACGCUGUCGUCGUCUUCACAGGCCUCAGGAACAGAUAGCGACUUCUACGAGGACAUAGAGGAGGACCCGCACGUCCCGCUGACCGCGGGCAAAAACAAAAACGCUACCGCACUUUCUAAGCGCCUCUCCCGUCUUUUUAAACCGCGAGGACAUUCUCUGUGCCGCGCUAAGAGUCUGGGGAACACGGACAGUAAAGAUAAGAAGGACUUCCUGCCCGCCGCGCGCUCCAAGCGCUCCAACUCGAUGCCGCAGCAGGUGCUGAUGCUCGGUGUGGAUCCGGCACAGUGCGAGAGCGCCCCCGCCAGGCCCGUCUGCUACAGGAAGCGUCCCAUCCUCAGCAGCGACGAGGACGAGGACGCGGGCAUGGUGCUGGUACGGGUGAUGGUGUUCGGGGCCGAUCACGUGGCGGGGAAGCUGGCGCGCGCGUACAACAGCCUGAGGAAGAGAGAGAAACUCUCACCUCGACUCACCAAACACUGCAGGAUGAAGUUCUUCUUUAUUCCCGUGAAGAGGGAUCAGACCGCCGGCGGGGGGGCGGGGCAGGUCACCACCAGUCCACUCAAAACUGUACAGGAGGUGAACACUGAUGUGUAUGAGUCCAGCACCAAUAACAUCGCUCAGCUUCUCGGCAUGCUCGACCCGUGGUACGAGAGAAACACACUCUGUCUCCUUGACCUUCCACUACACGUGGUGUGCCAGCAGACAGGUAAGCCAGAGUCGGAGUGUGUUGAGGACUCAGUGGAGGAGUGUUUACCCAUCAUGGCCGACCUGCUGCUGUAUUACUGCAGGAACGCAGCUCGACCUGCCCUGAUCCAGCUGUACCAGGCUGAGCUGACGCUGGCUGGAGGAGAGACGAGAACUGAAGUGUUCAUACACUCACUGGAGCUCGGACACACGGCAGCCACCAGAGCCAUCAAAGCCAUGGGAGCUGCGAGUAAGCGGUUUGGUAUUGAUGGAGAUCGGGAGGCGGUGCCACUCUCACUCGAGGUUGUUUAUAACAAGGUGGUCAUCAGUGGGCGUGGCCAAAAGACAAGGGCAGAGAAAGUGUGCACUUCAGUUAACCUGACUAAAGUGUUUGGGACUAAAGAGGAGCUUGAUCCUAAACGUGAGUUCCUGCAGCUGACCAUGACGGAGGUUUUAAAGAGACAAAACUCCAAAUCCAAAAGAAGCUACAAUCAGCAGUUGAGUGUAACUCAGGUGAAAGUGGACCGGUUUCGGGUCUGUGGUUCUGGAAACACAACGUUUGCUGUGUGUUUGGAUCAGGACGAGAAGAAGAUUUUACAGAGCGUCACCCGGUGUGAGGUGUCGGUGUGUUAUAAACCAGACGGCUGUUCUGAUUGGAUGAAGGUGAGGGCGUUGUCCAGUCAGGUGGAGCAGACGUUCUGCUCCCUGCUGUGUUUACCCCUCGCCAUCUUCAGCGGACCCCAACCAUGACCUGACCCCGUCACCCUGACCCCCCAGCCCCCCCCCCCCCCCCCACCCCCCACCAGCACCCCCUGACCCCCCCUCAGUCCAUUCCCAGCUCAGGGUGAUCCUCUGUAUCUGCACGCCGCAGGGUUUCUCCUGCAGACUCUCGCUACAGCACUGACACUGUCUGACGUUUUGCACCACAGACUCUGUAUAUUGUUUAUUGUAAUGUUUAUACUCGUUAAAGCUGUGUGUAAUCAGAGUUCUGUGUGAUUAUAGUCGGGAUUAUAGACGAUGAAUCUGAACGCAGAGCGGUUUCUCUCAGGCCGUGUGAUUCACGCUCCGGCCAGCAGGAGGCGCAAGGACUCCAUGAGCUCAAAGUUGUUGGAGGCGUUGUUAAAACACUGAAAGCCUUCCUCAGGAGUCUUAGAGUCUGCUAACUUAGUCCUUACUAACGCGUGUGUGUGUGUGUGUGUGUGUGUGUGUGUGUGUGCGCAUGUUAAAGCAAAGAGAAGAAGAAGCUUCACUGAAACAUCUCAGGGUGUGUGUGUGUGUGUCUUUAGCUCAAUGGCUAACAUCUCAGGUUCUAGAAACGUGUGUGUGUGUGUGUGUGUGUGUGUGUGUGAGAGAGAGAGAGAUUUCUGACAAUUUUACUGAAAUGUAAAUCUAUUUUUAUGUAAUUUGAUUUUUAAACUUUACUGAAGAUUUUAAUUCAAGCUCUUUAACAAUGAAGAAGUGUGUGUGUGUGUGUGUGUGUGUGUGUGUGUGUGUGUGAGAGAGAGAGAGAGAGAGAGAGAGAGAGUGAUUUCUGACACACUGAGACUCCUCACUCCUCUCUGACGCAGCGCUCCUAAUACGGUACUUUUUGGAUUGUAAGGUGCUGUGUGUGUGUGUGUGGUGUGUGUGUGUGUGUGUGUGUGUGUGUGUUUAAAUUAUAUUGUAGGAUGUACAUGACUGAGUGUA